GUCGUUUUGGUGCUGGCGGUUUAGCUGGCAACCACAGACCCACACGCACACGAGCAGACGCACACGCACACGCACACGAGCACACGCACACGGAUAAGCACUCAGGUACACACAGAGGAUGGCCCCACCUCAGCGACAGCAACAGCGACAGCAGCGACAGCAACAGCGACAGCAGCGACAGCAGCGACAGCAGAGGGAUUCGAGUGGCUCCUCUGACCUAAGGAAACGCUCCACCAACGGCUCCAGCCAUAAUGGCAACGGCAACGGCAGCAGUGCGGCGCGUGUUGUCCGUCGAACCUCCCAGCCACAGCACGCCAAGAAGGAGCAAGGCAGCAGCACGCUUGACAGUGAUGCAAGUGAUGCAAGUGAUGCGAGCGAUGCGCCCAGGCGCAAGGGCUCCGGCUCUCGAUCUGCGCAGGAGCUGAAGAAGAUCAUGGAGCAGCUGCUGUCACGCAGAGCAUCCACACACGUGCCACCCCACGCAGGCAUCCCAAACACCACCACCACUGCCAUCGACAGCACCAUGCGCAGCACGGGCGCCACCCGGCACGGCUCUGCGCCGUCGCUCUCCUCGCCCGAGGCCCACAGCCACUCACCAACGUCAACCAGCCCGCUUGGCGUGCUCUCGCCGGCGUCACGCCGCCGGCUCUCCCAUCUGCUCAAUCAUCCGCAGGUGCAGCACUUCCACCGCCACCACUCGCGCCACCACCCGGGGCCACAGGUCCACAGCCCCAGCAUGGUCCGCCGCGCCUCCAGCCCACACCAGCGGCCAGCGGCUGCUGCUGCUGCCACGCGGCUCAGCGCGGACCUCAACACCAUCACGCGCGACGCAGAUGCCACACGCCGCGGCAGUGCUGGCAGGGGGUCCGGUCCACAACAACAACAGCAACAACGGCAACAGCAGCACAGCUCGAGGCAGGUCGCCAAUGCACCUCACGCGCAGGCUGACGCUGCAACUGCAACACACGACCACCAUCUCCGCCGCCCAUACAAGCAGCAUCCUGGCACGCGCCACCAUCCGCGCAGCCACCAUCACCACCACCAUCUCCACCAGCCGCUGCUACGAGCCCGCCGCACGCUGCCGCCGCCACUCAACAAGCUCGCUGCAGGGCACAUGACCACGCAAGCGCAGCGGCAGCACAUGCACUCGCACGCCAAUGUGGCGACGCAGGUGCUACGGCAGAGCAGGGCGAGGAGCCAGCUGCGGCGACAAAGCCUGAGCGCAGGGCACGUGGACGCUGUACGAGGGACAUCGCUUCGACAACAGCAUGGUGAUGACGGCGAUGAUGAUGAUGAUGAUGAUGAUGAUGAUGAUGAUGGUGGUGGUAGUGUUGGUGGUGUUGGUGAUGGUGGUGGUGUUGACGGUGGCGGUGAUGAUGAUGGUGAUGGCGAUGGUGGUGGUGAAGUGGUGAUGGGGCCAGCGGGUCGUGGCGUGCGGUAUGGCGGAGCAGGACGCAGCGUGAGUGCCAGGGCCGCACGGGGUGUUGGUGGCAUAAGUGCAGGGGCAACAGGUACGACAACCACGAGCAGGCUGGUUGCUGCGGCGCUGGAUGCGGAAUACAGGGUGACGAGCGUGCAGGGCAAAGGAUCAAGCCUCUCCCUGCGAUCAACCCUCCUCAAGAACGCAGGCGCUGAGGGUGUUUCUGGUGGCGUUGACAGUCGUGUUGAUGAUGGUGUUGGCGGCAGCAGUGAUGAUGUUGGCAACCAGAAGUACCAACACCAACAACAACAGCAACAACAACAACCACAGCAACAACAGCAGCGACAGCGAGUUGGUGGCGGUGUUAAGAGGCGUUCCACGACAGAUGACACGACGAUUGAGUUUGCACCAGCAACUGACCCCGCCCUCUUUACAGGCAACGUUCACAGAUUCUGUCCCCAUCCUGCCAGCGCUGGGUUAUCAUCAUCGUCAACAUCAUCGUCAUCGUCGUCACCGCCACCCGGGAAUCUCAUAUUCGACGCCGCAUUUGAAAGCGGCAACCUUGGUCGCGUUGACUGCCUCUCCCCUGCAGAGUACAAUCUCCACAUCCGCCCAGACCUCGCCAGCCCGCGUCACCGCCUGUGGUUCUACUUCCGCGUGUGGAAUGCGGCGCCGGCGCAGCACGUGAUGUUCAGCAUCAUCAACUUCUCAAAGUCCCGCAGUCUCUUUGGCGAGGGCAUGGCUCCUGUUGUCCGCUCAAAGAAACGGCCGGCGUGGCGCCGCAUGGACCCUGCGGAUGUGUUCCAGUACAAACCGGACGCGGCGGCGAAGAAGGGCGGGGCGGUCGUCUCGUUUGCUUUCCACUUUGACGAUCCGCAGGAUGUGUAUGAGUUUGCAUACAGCUUCCCAUACACAUACACGCACUCGCAGCGCAAGAUUGCGCAAUGGAAAUUGCGUCAUCGCUCUUUCCUUCAGCUCCGCUCCAUCGGAUCAUCCGUCCAGGGCCGAAACUUGGACAUGCUCACCAUCACCGCACCCAAGAACUUCAUCAAAAUGAAGAAAGGAGAGCGGUUUCCGACCAUCUUCAUCACCGCACGCGUCCACCCGGGCGAGACACCAGCCUCGUUCGUCUGCCAAGGCGUGGUGCAAUAUUUGCUGAGUCAGCAUGUGGAUGCGAUUGCGCUGCGGAGUCGCGUCGUCGUUCACGUCAUCCCAAUGCUCAAUCCUGACGGUGUGUUUCACGGCACAUAUCGAGGAAACACCCUCGGAUUUGAUUUAAACAGGUGCUGGGACAAAGCGGUACCGAGCAAGCACCCAACCAUCUCCGCCAUCCGCACUCUCCUCACACAGCACAUGAAAGCGGCGACGCGCGUGCUGGCGUUUGUUGAUCUUCACGGCCACUCCACCGCUCUUUCCUCAUUCAUCUACGGAAACGAAUACGCAGACUCAACGCGCAUGCAGGCGCAGUGGAGCCUACCCCGUGUGCUGGCGAACGUGUCAGACAUGUUUUCGCUUGCGCGCACAAAGUUCAACAGCGACGCACGCAAAGCGGGGACGGGCCGGCGCUGGAUCGGCUCUUUGCUCGGUUGCAACUACGGCGGUAUGUGA